GAGAUACUUCAAUAAACUUUUGAGUUUAGCAUCCAGAGGGCAGCUAGCUAAGCAGAGCAACGACAGUACUUUUCAAAAAGGAUUUAUUAAUUUCCUUACACACUGUGUACCUUAACGCAACUUUUUUACUUAGAUAGUUAACGGUAGACACAGAAAAUGGGGUGCUUCACGUUUAUUAAAGUGCUUAUGAUUUUAUUCAACGCCAUCAUCUUUCUUGCAGGUGGAGUAUUACUAGGCGUAGGAAUAUGGGUCUCUGUGGAUGGUGGUUCCUUUACAAAAGUCAUUGGACCGAUCUCAUCAGUAGCCGUACAGUUUGUGAAUGUUGGUUACUUCUGUAUUGCCAUUGGCGCAAUCCUUGUGAUACUUGGCUUUCUGGGGUGCUGUGGAGCUCAGAGAGAAAGCAAGUGUCUGCUUUUAUUGUUCUUUUCCAUUAUUUUGGUUAUUUUCAUUGCUGAAGUUGCAGCUGCUGUCGUUGCUCUGGUCUACACUUCACUUGCUGAAAGUGUAUUGAGAGCAUGGGUAACUCCUACACUGAAGACAGAUUAUGGAAAACAAAAGGAUAUUACUACAAUCUGGAACACAACCAUGCUUGAGCUUAAAUGCUGUGGCUUUACAAACUACACUGAUUUCACGGAUUCAUACUAUACUCAACAUAAUAAUGGUAACUACCCACCCUUCUGUUGCAAUACCACUUCAAGUACAUGCACUGGGAAUGACGCUGCAGAGAGCAAAGUGCAGGGCUGCUAUGUUCAGCUUGUGGACAUCAUUCAAAAGAAUGCAGCCAUCGUUGGGGGUAUUGCAGCAGGCAUCUGUGCACUAGAGCUUGCAGCCAUGGUUGUCUCAAUGUACAUUUACUGUAAACUUGACAAAAGCUGAAUGGCAUAAAUGGAAGAAUCCCCAGUAAUCUGCUUCGGACAUCUUGUUUUGAAAAUUAUGUAACUUUAUUAAAUCAUUUGUUAAUGGAUAAUGACAAAAUCAAUCAAAUGGAAACUGAACAUAAAUGGAAGCAAAGUACCACAAUCUGCUGUAAUUCUACUUCAUCCCUCGUUUAGAAAUUGCCAAUAUCCCAUCUCCAACACAUAGAACUAUUGCUCAGAUAUAUGUUUUACUUUUGAUGGCCUUUAAAGUGGUACUGUGAACUUUUAAUAGCUAUUUUGAUCACUAGUAUGACGAUUACAUACUAGAACAUAACCAUUCAGUGAUAAAUUAUAUACAUUCUGUAGAACUAUAAAUACUGCAUUUGUGUAUUUUAUAUUUUAUUAUUUAUAUAAGGAAAUGUGAUUGAAGUUUUGCAUUUGGCAAGUGUAUAUUUAAUUCCUUAUGCCUAAUUGUUAGUACUGCAUUGGACUUUUUGUUGUGCAUAGCAAAUGGUACUCAAAUCCUGCAGAGAAAUUCAACUCAGGAAUAGACAGUGCUUCACUGAGACUGUGCGUUGCUACAAAUUAAUUAUACCAGCAAAAAGGUUUACAAAUUAUACCAGCAAAAAAAUAAAUAAACAUUGUUUUAUCUCCA